GCAGGACCAACGACAGUGCCUUCACCAUGGAUGCCAUGCUUGCACUUGUGACGGUGUAUGCGUGCCUGAUUGCCAUUGUCAUGUACAUUAUGCUGUGCGGACAGACGUCGUCAUUGCCGCCGCUCCGAGCAGCACACCAGUUCCUCACCUCGGGCCUGUGGCGGAUUGUGGGCAAGGGAAUGAGGAUGGUGUGUGGUGACGGCGUUGAUCGGAGUCUUCACUAUCUCUUUGCUACCAAUCAUCGACUUCUCUCUCUCUUCUAUUUGGCCCUCGUUUGGGGUGGUGUCGCCAUCUUUGUCCUCUACACCCUCCCUUGGAUCCCGAAUCCCAUCGCUCCUGCCUAUCACCUCUACUUGAUUCCGCUGGCAAUUGUCCUCCCCAACUACUGCUUCUACAAGGCUGCUCAUACUCCUCCGGGCAUCGUCGACAAGGACAAUGCGCAACCGCUGACUUCUCGCUAUCCUUACGAUGGCAUCAUCUUUGCCCAGAAGUACUGCUCCACCUGCAAGAUCACCCGCCCGGCAAGGACAAAGCACUGCUCGCUCUGCGGUGUCUGUGUCCUCCGCUUUGAUCACCACUGCGCGUGGAUCAACAACUGUGUCGGAGAGCAGAACCACCGCUGGUUCCUUGCCUUCCUCGCCUCCACCUCGGUCCUCUGUGCCUACGGCGCUUACCUCUGCACCCUUGUCCUCCUCUACAUCAUCGAGAUGGAGGAGCUCUUCUCGCGCUACGUCCGUGGACCGAGCGGCGAGGCCAUCCCAGUCUCGUGGGGCGUUGUCUUCAAGUACAUGCUCGUCUUCCACGCGCCCAUCAUCGGCGUCGGCGUCUUUAUGGCCGUCAUCUCGCUCACCCUCUACUGCUUCUUCCUCUACCACCUCUACCUGAUCGCCCGCGGAACGACCACCGCCGAGACGUUCAAGUGGUCCGACGCCCGCUCUGACAUCGGCUAUUGGCGCUGGCGCCAGAGCGAGAUCCGCGCCGACCCGGACCGCCUCGCCGCCGCAAAGGCCCACGCCGCCAACAACCCGGCCCGCGACCUCACCGAUGUGCCCGAGAACGAGCUCACCGACGCAGACAUCCUCGCCAUGGACCUGCCCAAGUCGCUGGUCAACAUCUACAACCGCGGCCUCGCCGCAAACUUUGCCGAGAUCAUGUGGCCCAAGUCAAUGGUUGCCGCCGAGAUCAUCACCGAAGCCCAGUCCUCAGCGCGUCCGCGGCCCAAGGGUGUCAAGGGCAAGAAGAAGCGCCGCUGAACACCGGCUGUCGAGCCGCACAGCGGGGACGCUCUGCCAGCCUACGCUACCGGCUCCCGAGCCGCCGAUUAAACGCCACCACGCGGUGCUCGA